CCUAGCAACGACUUGGAAGCGUUGUUGACAUCUUCGCUGCCUUAGCGCUAGAUUGAGCCCAGAGUUUCGCCGCCCGAGCGAUGGCAGAGGUGGAGGAAACCCUAAAGAGGAUCCAGAGCCAUAAAGGGGUGAUAGGAACGAUGGUUGUAAAUGCAGAAGGCAUUCCCAUCCGGACGACCCUGGACAACUCGACCACGGUCCAGUAUGCGGGUCUUCUUCACCAGCUGACCGUGAAAGCCAAGAGCACCGUCCGAGACAUCGACCCUCAGAACGACCUAACUUUCCUUAGGAUCAGAUCCAAGAAACAUGAAAUCAUGGUAGCUCCAGAUAAGGAGUAUCUCCUGAUUGUCAUUCAGAAUCCAUGUGAAUAGGCCUGCCAUGGCCAGGCCAGGCCUGUCCUGUGAUGCCAGGCUGGAGACGCUGCACUCCUGAAUGACCACGAAGAGUGUAUUGCAAUCUAAAUGCUCUUGUGGCUGUUCCUUUCUAGUUUCACAUUUAAACUCUUCUACAUGUCUCAUUUAGACCCUUUUGAAUGUACUGUAAAUUUGUGAUUUAGCUAUGCAAUAAAUUCUGGUAUGUA